AUGAGAAACUUCAUCGCGGCCAACAUCAGCCGGUGUAGACUGUUCAGGACAACAUGCAGGGGCGGAGUAGACAGGAGAGGGAACCGAUCCACUCGGGGAUUCGCCUCCAUUCGCGGGGAGGAAAAAUAUCGGGAUCGACUCGUGAGCUGCGAAGAGGGGGGCUCCACCCCAAAGGAGAAACAGAAUCACGGAGGGAACUUCAUUGCAGAUGAGGACACCACACAAAAUGAUGAACACAACAAAGCUCACUACGCCGCGGGAAACGAUCCUCUUGAUGCCACUUCCACGUCCGAUUCGUUACACCUGCAAAAGCAGAGAGACUUCCUGCACAAAAUUGACGAAGAAGACUUCGCCCCGCAGGAGCAUAGCACCGUCAGAAUAUUCAAGCAAAGGGACGCAGAGGCUGACUCGGACUUUCUCCCGUGCAAUGAUAAAUACAACAACCUCGUUAAGAAGUACAACGAGCAAAAGGAACUCGCAAAGGGGGGGUCCAAGACGAAGAAGAGUCUCCGAUUUGGACAAACUGGUCUACCUCUGCAGGACGACGAAAGGAGUCUGUGGGAAAUUUUGAAGGAGAAGGAGGAUUACUUAAGGAACAAAAAAAAAAUGAAGAAUUAUCAAAAGGAGCUGGAUCACAAAAUGAGCAGAGAGUAUCAAAAGGUUAAAAAGGAGGAGGAGUAUAUGCACUCGGUGGGGGGUGGCGCAAGUAACGGAAAUAGCGGAAAUAGCCGAGUGCAUAAUAGGGGCGGGCGUAGAGGUCCUCUUUCCGACCCAAUUUCCUCUCCCCAUGAUGACAUCGACCGGUUCCUGUCAGGCGACGAGGCCUACACAAAUGAAAUAAAAUCGUAUGACGAAAUUUACACCGACUCGCCCCUGCACAGGGGAAAAGCGAAACGCAGGGGCAUAACGGACAAAGAGGAUAAAGAGGAUAAGAAGCACAAAGAGGACGAAGAAGACAAAGAAGAUAAGAGGGAUAAGGAGCACCACAACCUUGGCGCCCAAGAAGACGAAGUAGCUCAGCAGGACACCAACGAGUUGAAUAUAAACAAAAUGAUACAUGAGGAUCUGACGCGGAGCGCCCUCUCGUGUGACCUGAACGCGCGCUACGCUGAACUGAGGAAGAAGAAGGUGGUGAGCGAAUUUUUGGUGGACGAUUUGGACGUGAAGGGGGAGGGCGACUCUGCGGCUUCUGGGAGGGACUCCCUUUUCGUGAACGAGGUGGAAGACAUCACGGCGAGGAGGUGCAUUGGGGAGAUAUCCAAGGGAGGCGGCUACCAGGGGGAGGGCUACCAACACAGUGAAGACGUUCUGACAGCUGGACAAGCCAACCAAGCGGCGAAGGAACCUCCACCCAGCGACUGCACCGUCGUCGUGACCCCUGCAGACGCUGUGGAGCGGCUGAGCGGGCAGAGCCUCAGCACCAUCAUCGACGGAAAUAUAGACAACUUGAUCAUCCAGAGGGAAAUCAAAAAGGAGAAAACAGCCAUGGGAAUAAUGACCGUGCUGUAUAACAACCUACACAGAUGCGACAACAUAAAUCUCAGCAGUGCCAUUAUGAAGAUGUCAAAGGUGAUGGAUUCCUAUCAGAAGGGGAGCGUCACGAAGAACUACAUGUACCUCAAUGUGAUGAAAAGGAUAAAUGAGAAAUUGCCCAAUUUCGAAAUGUCCAAUCUGGUGCAGAUAUUUUAUGCCUUCGUAAAGAUGGAGCACUUCCCCUACUUCUUCAACGACGUAAUAAAUUACAUGAGCGUGAAAUUGAACGAGGCCGAGCCAAAGCAUGUGUGCAGCAUUUUGUACACUCUGAGUAACAUCCUUGUGGAGACAAACGAGAGUCGAACCUUCAAAAUGAAGGUCAUCGAUAUGGUGAAGUCGGACAUAUUAGCGAAAGGGACGAAUCUGCACUUGAACGAUGCCAUAUCUUUACUGACUUCCCUGUCAAAAUUGAAGUACAAAGAGGUGAACACUUACUACGAGCUGUCCAAGCGGAUUGAGGAAAACGUGGACCAGCUAAAUAUGAAAAAUGUGAGCAACAUCUUAUGGGCCUUCAGUCAUAUCAAUUAUACCUCCAAUCUGGUAAAGAGGUUAAAAAAAAUCGUGGAAAGAGACAUACACAAAGCAGACCACCUUGAUUUGGUGAACAUAGUCUACUCACUGACGAAGCUGAACGAAUAUGAUGAGUACCUCUAUAUGGAUAUCUUCUACAAUGCUAUUAAUGUGUACUUACACCACAUGAGUGUGAAAAAUCUGUGCAUCAUAUUGUGGUCCUAUACCUAUGUAAAUGCAGACAAACCCGAUCUGUACAUAAACAUACUCACAAAGCUGAAUGAGAAUGUGAAGCAAAUCAGCACAAAGGAUAUUGUUUCCAUUCUGACCUGCCUCAGUAGAAUACAGUUCAGUUAUAAAUACAAACAUCUGUUCUCUUUUUUAAAAAAUAAGGUUGUGAAAAAUCUGUAUGCCUUCUCCCCUUUACAGAUCACCAAUGUGAUGUACCAUUCGUCCUUCCUCGAAAUAUAUGACCAUAAAUUUUACUACCUCCUCGUUCAGCAGAUCUUUCAAAUUAGACAUCUGCUUUAUUUGGAAAAUUUGACUCUCAUUCUGUAUGCCCUCAAAAAUGUGUGCUACUUGAAUGUGCACCAUGUGGACGUCUUCCGAUUAAUUGCACACAUCCUUCAGAAUGUCAAGAGGAAAUAUAAGCUCCUCUGUGGAGAGGACUGCGUCAACAUCAUGCUGAUUAUUAACGAUCUGGCCAAAUACGCCCAACAGGGGUACCUCGUCUGUCCCUCUCCCCCAACGGGGAGUGCAGCGACUGAGGUGCCGUCAUCAAUGUUAGGCUCCUCCUUUUUGAUUCCCCCCCAAGGAGAGACUGCCUCCCCAAAUCGAUACAUAGACAUAUUUGAUGAGAACGUAAAUCUGACCGGAUUGCCUCCCCACCUUAUGAGCAACAACGAGGAAGAAGUGUACCUGCCACAUAUUAGCGACCUCCUCUACGAACAAAUCAAACUUCGCCUGCACAACUUCUGGCAGCUCAGCAUUAAAGACGUAAACAAUUUGUUAAUCAUCAUGAGGGAUAAACGCAUGCACGAUGAUGUCAUUUUAAAUAUGAUCAUGCGACAGAUUAUUCCCAUCCUAUCCAAAAGCACAAACAUGGAGUUCCUAAUCUUUUUAAGCAACAUUACGGCUAGUAGGUAUAUGAAGUUUGUAGCUCUCACACACAUGUCCAGGAGGCCCAAGCUCAUUGGCCUAUUCAAAAAAAAAAUCAACUCCAUAACGAGUGGUAUACUAAAUAGCUACGAAGGGGAAGGGGAGGGAGACUCGUUUGGUUCUUCCCUGAAUGGGGAAGACGGUGAUGACCCCCCCGAGCAGCGCACCUUACUUACCAUGCGGUGCGAAGCACUGGGAGGGGAUAGUAUGCCAAGUUUGGGAGAUGGUGACCCAAAUAUACAAUCGGGGGGAGAUGUAAAUCCUAAUGCACACCAAGGGGGGGAAAAUGUAAAUCCUAAUGCGCUUGAAACCGGGGACCCCCCAAACCGAGUCGAAUCCAAAAUGGAAAGUACGCCAACCGGCUACAUUUCUCGUAGCCCCAGCACGGUGGUCGACCUCAACAGUUGCAUUGCCCUCUGCUACGCCUGCUUCAACAUUCACUACGAGGACGACAACAUACUCAAGUUAUACGACUUAGUGGAACACAUGAUUGUGCAGGAGAAAAGGCCAAUCUGCUCCUUCAUGCUAAUCAAUUUCGUCUACAUUUUGGCGCUCACAAACAAUAAGAUGGCUCUGGUAGGUAGACUUUCGCGGGAAUAUAUGCACCACAGGUAUGCAAGCGAUCUGGAAAAGAGGUGCGAAGAAUUGGGAUCACUGCAGAGCUCGUUCACCAUACUUCGAGAUGAACGAAAUGCAUCUAAUCCAUCAUCGAGGAAUCGAUUCGUGAGGACCCCCCAACAUCACAACACAGAAACAUCCUUUAACCUGCUUUACGAAGAAAAUGACAAAUUACGCUCCUACCUCCAGAAGGGGGACGAAGAGGCCUGCUUACUACUGCUAAAAAUGGCCUACGUUAACAUUCUCAUAAAUAUGUACCAUUACCUGUACCAGCUGAUGAGUGAAAUCUGCAGCUACUCUGACGAGAUUUACACACAUGAGUUUAUCAUGCUCGCGAAGCAAGUCUGCUACCACGUCUACAAUUUUGUCGAUUUUUUCUCCAAAGAUAAGGAGGCCAAGUAUGUCUGGAAUAAGGUCGCGCCAAAUGUGUACAUAAAUGAGAACAGCAUCUACCUCGACUUGGAUUACGAACCAUCCGCUGUGAACGUGCAGAUAACUCCUCUGCAAAGGGACAGAAAAUUGGAUACACACAGGAUGGAGCAGACAGCACAAGCCAGCGCACCGCCUCAGAACCCCAAAAUAGCCAAAUCGUUUGACAACAAUCUUAAGAUUUCCAAGUUUUUUUACCACGUCCUAAAUUAUAACGUGGACGAUGUAAGCAUCCGAAAUGCCAACUGUGCCUCCUCCCGGGAGGAGAGGAAGAAGAUCAAGAUGUUCCACUUCGACCACGUCAUAUGCGACAUCCUCAAAUUUCUGAACGUACAAUACAAGGGAUCCUACACGCAUGAAAACAUUUACAAAGUGUGCUGCUCCUUUCCAUACGAAAGGCAUUUAAUUGAUUUAAUGUCAUAUGAGGAUGUCCUUUACCCGUCGCACAGGCCGUUACUUUCAGCGGAGCUGCGUCAGAAGCAGCUGGCCCUGAAGGGCUGGACCGUGCACGCAAUCAAUUUUCGAGACCUGUACAACAGCGUAAAGGACAAAAAUGUCAUCUGCUACAUCUUCAAUAUUGUGAAGAAGAUAAAAAACGAUUUGAAAGAGUUGCCCGAUGAUGAGAAAAAACUGGAGGAAAAAAACUUCUGGGAAAACUUGCAGUAUGCCAAUAUUUAG